CAUCAUGAGCUUAAGUGACGCAAUCGGUUAACCAGGCACAGCUGAGUAAUUAGAAAGUGAAAAUAUCUCUUCUUUUAUUUUCAUGUAUUUAUUUAUUCUUUUCUUGUUUUUAUUAAAGGUUUUACAGUCGGAAUGGUUCAGUGACUUGCUCUAUGUUCCAGAGAAGCCAAAGAUUCAAUUCAAUUCAGUUUUUAUCAAAUCACAAAAACAUCUCAAGAGGAACAAGGGAAAAAAAAAGGUGGGAGCUGUGUCGCCUCCCAGCUCCUCUCCCGUCCGUGCGCGUCAAAAAGGCGAGAAACCAGCCCGACCAGUCCACAGCAGAGAUGGCAGCAGAGAUGGCAGCCGAGUGGACAGACGCAGCGCUCGAAGAAAACGCCGGCGAAGAGUGCAGUCGUAGCAUCCCGAAGAGACAUGCCCGGGUUACGGUGAAGUACAACAGGAAGGAGCUGCAGCGACGCCUCGACGUAGAGAAGUGGAUCGACGAGAGCCUGGAUAGACUGUACGCGGGGCAGGAGAGUGACAUGCCAGAGGAGGUUAACAUUGACGAUUUGCUCGACCUUCCGAAUGAAGAGGAGCGUGUCAAAAAGUUGCAGGAACUUCUUCAAAAGUGCAGAAGCAGCACAGAGACCUUCAUCAAGGAGCUGGUGGUCAAGCUACAAGGAGUUCACAGGAAGGAUGAGCUGCAGAGUGAAGGCAUCGAGCAUCCUGUCAUCUGUCAUGGCCACUAUCGCCAUGAGCCUUAUCACUUCAACAACCCACAGCACCACCACCACUUUCACCACAACCAAGAGCAAAAUCAGACCCUCUGAUGGCCCAAUAAACAUGUGCGCGCGCGCACACACACACACACACACACACACACACACACACACACACAGAUACUAUUGUGAAAUGAAGUCAGUCGUCCUGGAUUACAGAAGGCAAAGUCGGUGAAGCAUUGGAUACAUUGUUGAAAACAACAACAAAAUUAUUAAAUAUAGAUUUCUCUUGAAGUCCCUCUGUAUCUCACUCAAUUUUAAAACCCAAUACAGUAUUCAUAAAGGAAAAUAUAGAUUAGCUUCUUGGCUCACUCUGAAGCCCACAUUGACCCAGCGGCACCACCGAAGCUCACUUGCUCACAGCUCUGGUUUCAGCUCACAGCCAACAAACGUUGGUUCAAAAAGGAGAUGUACAUGUUGAGAGAGAGAGACUUUCAGACAGAAGAAGCUUUGCUUUGCCCCCUAUUUUUGGUCUUUAUGUCUAGCCAGUUCUAUAUGUCCCUUAACGUCGUACUAUACCUUAAAACACAAACAAACAUGUAGGUUUACUUGACUGGAAAAACAAAACAAAACACCGCUUAACUUGUACUCUUUGUCACUUUCCUUACGUAAAUAUAGUUGGUGUCAGAAACUGUUGUGGUAACGGAUGAAUGUAUAUGAAGGAAAACAGGACUGACAGCAGAUUUUGAAGUGACAUCCAAGGGUGGCUUCUAGGUCAACAAAUUCACUGUGUGAACAGAACUGUGUCACAGAGCACAUGAACAUGGGUUUAGAAAUAACACCGCUCAAUCACAUGCACAUACGUGUGACUUAUUUAACAGCUGGUAAAUUCCAGUGGUUAUUUAUUGUCAUGAUUACAGAAAAAGGAUAAGGAUCUAACAUACUGGUAUGAUGUAACACUGGAAAUAAUCCUGUUGCAUUGCUUAUCCACUGUAGCUUUUUAAUAUUUCAUUGUUAUUCAUAUUGUGUUUGAGUUUUGGUGUUGCUACGUUGUGAGUUAUGUCGAUAUAUUCACUAAAUUGUAGUUGUGCAAAAUAACCGAAGUCUCCUGAAGAAAUGUCUAAUAAAAUAAUUUUGUUCAGUUA